GGAGAUUGACGAGCGCGAUGCUUACCUACGCAAUGCCACGCUUCUACGACACGACUGGAAGCACGCAACGCGUGUGGAGCGCUUUGCAAAGCGCGCUAGGCUGCGUGUG